ACCAACUAGUUUUAAAUCAAACUGACUGAAUGGCUAUGCUAUGCCAAGUCGCACUGGCUAUUUUAUUUUUCAUCUAAAUUUUUGUUUUUUUUGUUCAAAUAGAUACCAAAACCACAGUAAAAGCUUUUAAACUUUUGAUUAUGGGAAAUUUUGUCUUAAACUUAUACAUUUCCCGGUCUCGACACGACAAAUUUUAAUUAAAUGCAAAAAAGUGUGCGCCUUUAAAAAGUGCUGUACACCUGUUAUUAAUAGUACUUAAUUGUUUUCAAAAAUUGACAUUUAUUCGAAUGUUCAUGAAACAGGAGAGGAGUUGGGCACUACAGUACUCUUUAUAGACGCAGACAAUUUUGCAUUAAAAAAACAACAUUUUGUCGUGUUGAGACCGGCUACCGUAAUUUUUGAGGCAACAUUUCUCAUCUGCUACCUUUUGGAAAACCUACAAUAUAUGCAAUAAGAUGUUCACAAAAACUACAGAUCAUGAUUGGAAUCAAUUGAUUUUUAAAUACUUUCAAAUUUAUUAGCUCGUUGAACAUUAAUUUUAGAACACCUAAAAAUAGGCUCCGCUCUUUUUUUAAAUUUUGGAUUUCUAAUAAAUUUUUUAUACUUGCUCUAUUUUUUGCAAUUAGACUUCUGAAUGUUAGAAAAGUUUUUCAAGGAUUAUUGGAAUUUUGGUUAAAAUUUGCUAAAUUAGCAUAACUUCCAAUUUAUAACUUUUUCGCUUCGCACUGAAUGCAUAUAAUUUUGGACGCUUUGCAACUUUUAAAGAAUUUUUGUAUUUUUUGAAGUCCUAAAAAGACAGUUUAAAUAAUUUUAAAAAAUAAAACCGUGAUUGGAACUGCUAGAACGUUUUUCUGGUCUAUUGAAAUAAUUUAAUUAAUAUCCGUCCGAAAAAUAUUUAGAAUGAGAACUACAGUUGCCUGGUAUCUACUUCUACAUUUUUUGAAAGUUUACGGACAAUGGACAGAAAUGGAAGUACGAAGAAUGUUGGAAGACACAAAUCUACGGCAUUUACAAAUUGAAAAAAUGACAAAAGAAGCAGCGAUUCGACAUAAUCAGAUGAAUCCAGACGGUCAACCAUUAACUGGACGACACAAUUUGGAAACAAAUACAAUGACAUCUGUAUCUAUUGAAUCACCAAUUCCUGCUCCAAUACCUCCACCACCUCUUCCAGGUCAACAAGUCAUCAUUCGUCCAGCUCCACCUCCGACUAUUGAAGAUGAUCGGACGUUUUUAGCAAAGAUGUCGGAACAAGAAUCUCUUGUGAAUCAGUUAAAUUCAAUUGCAACACGGGAAGCUGUAUCGAGAAAUGGAUUAUUGGUUAUGGAAGGAGCUUUGCUGAAUGCACUUCGUCCAUUAACAAUGCCAUUGUUAGGAGCAGGCCCACCGAUUCCAGGACAUUUUGUUCCAUUCCAGAGAAUGCAAAGACCAAUUGAACAAUCACCAAUUGAUAACCGUGUGGAAGUUCAGUCAAGACCGCCAGCCCCACAAUUACCAAUGCGAUUGAACAACUUAGAGACUUUUCAGUUUCAGAAAGAUGAUGAAGUUGCUGAAAUGAUUAUACGAAAUGAGUCAACACCACUAAAUUCAAGCUGACGAUUUGACAGUUGAAUUCCAUUUCAUUGAAUAUCUGUACAUCGUGAAAAAUAGGAAAUAAAGUGUUGAAACAUCUUAA